UAGUCACGCUUGGUCAUCAAAACACAGCGGCCUACUAGCUAGUGAGCGCUCAUAGCGAAUUAUUCAAUUGAUGAAAUGAGAGUACCUUGACAUUGUUUUUGCAGCAUUACUUGCAGCAUAUAUGCCGCUUACGCAUUUGUAAAAUACAAACCAACGAGAGUAUCUUGCAGUUAGUUAUCAGUAGAUAACCACAUGAUAAGUGUUAGAUACGAAAAAAAUCGUAUAAAAGCUCCGCGGUGCUCGCAAAGUGCGGAUAGUGUGUACACGCGCGGUAUAACGGUCAGCACAAAUGCGCUCUAAAUGCUUAAAACUAAUAUUUUGGGUUAUGUCGCUCUGGGCUUGCUGACACUCAUCGCCGUUGUCGAGGCGCAACACGAGCCACACUGGUGGGCUGAACGGAAUACGAUUGUACAUCUCUUCGAAUGGAAGUGGACGGAUAUAGCCAGAGAGUGCGAGCACUUUUUAGCACCGCGCGGUUUUGCCGGCGUACAGGUCUCGCCCGUCGCUGAGAAUGUAGUGAUCGCUGGACGGCCGUGGUGGGAGCGUUAUCAGCCGGUCUCGUACAAACUAAUUACACGUUCCGGCAAUGAGACGGAGUUCACCGAUAUGGUGCGCAGAUGUAACGCUGUUGGCGUGCGGAUUUACGUCGAUGUGCUGCUCAAUCAUAUGGCUGCCUCGUAUGAUGGUGUCGUCUAUGGUACGGGCGGCUCGAUUGCCUAUCCAGACGCGAAGUACUUUCCCGCCGUGCCUUAUACAGCGCAGGAUUUUCAUUCGACUUGUGAUAUACAGGAUUGGAAUGAUCGUUUUCAAGUGCAAAAUUGUGAGUUGGUGCGCCUGAAAGACUUGGAUCAGAGCAGUGACCGUGUGCGUGCACAUUUGCUUGGAUUUCUGAAUCACCUCAUUGAGUUAGGUGUGGCGGGUUUUCGUGUAGAUGCUGCCAAGCAUGUGCCGGCGGAAGAUUUGAAGUUUAUUUAUGACAGCAUGCAUGAUCUGAACACCGCACAUGGCUUCCCACGUAAUGCGCGUCCUUUCAUCUACCAGGAAGUCGUCGAUUAUGGUUUCGAACAGAUCAGCAAAUAUGAGUACAGUCCGCUGGGCGCUGUGACAGAAUUUCGUUUCUCGGAGGAAAUAGGUGGCGCCUUUCGUGGUUACAAUCAACUUAAGUGGCUGCGUAAUUGGGGUCCUGAGUGGAGCUUCUUACCCUCCGAGCACGCUUUCGUCUUUGUCGAUAACCACGAUAAUCAGCGCGAAGGUAACAAUGUGCUCACAUAUAAAAAUGCCAAGCAAUACAAGAUGGCCAACGCUUUCGCAUUAGCUUACCCCUAUGGCAUAAUGCGCGUGAUGAGCUCUUUUGAUUUCCAAGAUCAUGAUCAGGCACCACCAGCCGAUGAAAAUGAGCAAAUACUCUCGCCGGAGUUUGACGCCGAUGGCGCUUGUGUUAAUGGUUGGAUUUGUGAGCAUCGCUGGCGUCAAAUCUAUAAUAUGGUGGGCUUCAAGAAUGCAGUGCGCGGCACCGAAGUGUCCAAUUGGUGGGACAAUGACGAUAAUCAAAUUGCCUUCUGUCGUGGCAAUCGUGGUUUUAUAGCCUUCAAUGGCAAUGGGUGGGAUCUGAAGGAGCGUUUAUAUACUUGUCUGCCUGCGGGUGUUUACUGUGAUGUGAUCUCUGGUGCGCUGGUGAACGGGAAAUGCACGAGUAAAACGGUGGUUGUGGACGACUGGGGUUAUGCUGACAUUGAUUUGGGUGCAAAUGAGUUUGAUGGCAUAUUGGCCAUACAUGUAAACGCCAAGUUAGAAGAGCGAAAAAAGCAAAAUGCAGAAAAAAUGAUAGGAAUGCUGAUAAAGGAUGUUUAUUCCGAGUGUCACAUAUACUAUGUGUUGCAAAAUCAAUUGCCGUUUAUAGAGUUUAAUGGAACCGUAACUAUAGUUACGGAAAAGAAUUUAAAAGUUUUGAGUAUUGACUCUCCAACUGCGAAGGAAGAGAUAAUUAUGAAUACUCCGAAUAUUAGUAAUAAAGUGGUAUAUAUUUUAGAUAUUUUACCUGUGUUGAAUUAUUUAUGUUGUGACUUCUAGUAUCAAGCACUGCGCCAAUUAUUUUUUACUCGAGAACGGCGUAAAAGAAUACGAGUGUUCCUUUACUGUCAAAAGACUCAAAUGUGUUCCUUAAAGUUGCAUCGCAGGUACUGCCAGUCUCUUUGAACCACUAGUAGAGUUUGUUCGAUUAGCUAAUAUCUAAAGCUUGGCAGUUCGGCCGAUGGAUUGCCGGUCGAGUUAUACAAAUUCGGCGUCGGAAAACUCGCAAGGUACAUGCAACAGUUACUUUGUAAAAUAUUGUCGCAUGAACAACUUUCUUUGUGCUGUAUCCAAUCCAUGAAAAACGGGACCCCACAAUCCGCACCAAUUACCAUGGGAUAAGUUACCUUAAUAUCGCAUAUAAGGUCUUAUCGUACGUAGUGUGUGAAAGAACGAGCCCACCGUCAAGAAACAGAUUGGACCUUGUCAGUGUGACCUUAGAGCUGAAAAAUCUAAAAUCGACUAGGUUUUGACCACACGCCUAAUCUUGGAAAAGAUCUGAGAAAGGAAGAUCGACACACACCUCCUCUUCCUCGAUUUUAGAGCCGAAAAGCACGAAACAAAACCGCUAUGUCUGAACUGGGUAUCCCUGCAAAGCUGGUACAGCUAUGAAAGCUGUCGGUUCGUCAGGAUCAGGAAGAUCCUCCCCGAGCCGCCUCAUACCAUGCGAGGUUUCAGACUAGAUAAUAAAGCAAAGCAAAUGAGUCUGGUACUGAACGAGUGCAAGAUGAAAUGUCUCCGAUCAUCAAACCCACAGUCGUCGCAAUUGAGUCUUGACUCCCACGUCACUGAGUACCUGCUGACGACAGCCAAACACCACAUCGCUCAAAAGCCCAACGCAUCAAAUUAAUGUGUUGAUAAGUGCUCUGAAAAUGCCAGGCAUCUUCAGUCCAAUUUGGCAGUGUUGAAUGGAUAGAUUAACCACCGUUUUAGGGUUCAAGGCCAAUCUAAAAUCUGGCUUACUUUGAGCACGGCAUUCUGUUGCAAUGCAACUACACAUUCAAUUGACAAAGUGUCAGUUCUUCAGAGGCCAGUCCGCAUGAGCAGGUUGGAGCAAACUCCAAGGUCUCCUGCUCCCCGUGGUAUCCGAAUUAAGUCUUCGGUCAGACCUUGUAACCGAAACUCCUAUCAAUUUAGCUUCCGUACUAAUUACCAGAGGUUGGACCCCAUACGCACACACAAUUCACACAAGAAGCUUAUCCUAAUUCAUAGUUAAAGACCUUCCCCGACUAAACAACUGUUCAACAUUCCGACAAUUAAAAAGUGGAAUCCUAUCUCGACGAACAAAGACCAAACUCGCCUUCAAGCCUGCAUGAUACAAUGACAUCAUCCGAUGAGUCGGCCUUAGGAAUGUUCCAGAGAAAGGUUCUGCGUAAGAGUAAUGAUCCUUUGCGCAUUGACAACAGCGAAUACGGCAGUCGAUGAGGUGUACAAGAAACGGCGACAGCUCAGCGAAUGAAGGGAUGAAGGCUUCACCGACUAAGUCAUAUUGUUCGGAUGGAUGAGAACAAUACAGCUUUGAAGGUACUCGGCUCAGUACCCGCCGGUGGCAGCAGUUAUACCAAUUACCACAUCUUAGCAAAAUUUUUAAAAAAUUUAAAAUACUCAUAUUUUCAUUUAAAAACGACAAAAUUUUAUUUGCUUCAAAAAACAUACAUUCAAGUUA